AGUAGAAGCAAACCAUGUUUUUCGAAGCCAGUUUGACGGUGUUGUGCGAUCCCAAUCCUGAUCCACCUGAGUACGAAACACUUCGAGCGACCGGCAAGAUGGGGGAAGAAGCCAGGACUGCCAUUGCUGUGGCUUUGCAUGAGUUCUUCUUCUCACAACCGAUUUCUGACAAUGAAGAGGAUAACAUGCACGACUACACAACACCGUUGGGAUUCCUCGAUUGCUGCCGAAGAGGGUUUGAGGGAGACGACUUUCGCCCCACAGCAAACAUCAUGUGGGAUGCGCUUCGAGAUGCAUAUGGUACUCUCCAGGUAAUCCAGAAGGAAGGAGACGGCGAUGAAGGGGAAACAGCUGCAGACAACGGGGCCAACAACAGCGAACAAGACAACAACACAAAAGCCGUGGAGGGCCAGGAGGCCAAAAGUAACGCGGGGGUAUCGAAAAAGCGAAAAGCAGAUCCCGAUGACAUUGAUAAGGGCGACGACGCCAAAGAGAAGAGUCCAAAAUCUGCCAAAAUCAAGACUGAUAAAUAGGAAUGUAUGCGUCGGCAGUUGGGAGGAACGGUGUCGAACAGAUGUAAGCCACUCGUGGUUCGAUCCACACCAUGCCCCACUUCCUCAAAAUUCUCGUGGAUCGACGACGGGUCGCCCUCUUGUCGCCCCCAUCGUGUCGCACUAUUGGCCCGGACAACCAACCCCCAAACCACCACACAAGCCCAUCACCAGGACCAAUUCCUGGUCCAGCUCCCAAAUCAUCUCCAGGAAAUCUAUGAUCCAUCUUCCAGCAACACACCUGGGCCAGAACCUGAACUCUCA